CCCGGCCCGAGCCAGCGUCCGCGCGCGAGAGAGCCGCAGGCCCCGACCCCGAGUGUCCGCGGGCCCGAUGGUCGCCGCCGGGGAGCUCCACACGGUCCUGCUGGCCAGCGACGGCGCGGCCGUGGCCUUCGGCGGCAACCGCUUCGGCCAGUGCGACCUGCCCGCGCACGCCGCCGGCCGAGCCUGUACGCAGGUCGCCGCCGGAGGGCGCCACACGGUCCUGUUGACGAGCCACGGCGCUGCCGUGGCCUGCGGCUUCAAUGGUGCCGGCCGAUGCGACCUCCUGGAGCUGACGGCAGGCCAGACCUACACGCAGGUCGCCGCUGGAGGUCUUCACACAGUCUUGCUGACGAGAGAGGGCACGGCCGUGGCCUGCGGCGGUAAUCUUAACGGCCAGUGCGAUAUUCCGGAGCCAAUCGCACGCCAGACCUAUACGCAGGUCGCCGCCGGAGGGCGCCAUACAGUCUUGAUAAGGAGCGACGGCACGGCCGUUGCCUGCGGCGACAAUGCGGCGGGCCAGUGCGACCUUCCAGAGCUCGCCGCAGGUCAGUCCUACACACACGUCGUCGCUGGAGAUUCCCAUACAGUCCUGCUGGCGAGCGACGGCACGGCCGUGGCCUGCGGCUCCAAUGGGCAUGGACAGUGCAGCGUUCCGGCGCCGGUCGCGGGCCAGAUUUACACAGCUCAUUUGCUGCAAGUGCUGCUCCUGCAGGCAUCGUUCGACGGUGACUCGAUCUGUUUCGUGACCCUAGGUGGGGUGGAGCGCUGCCGAAUCGGCGUCAGGCCCACCUCUCGUCUAGCAGAUAUGCACGACCAGCUGAUCAACCAUCAUCGCGCGGGCAGGCUCGGCUUUGGAUUCGCACGAGUGGACGCUGUCCUGCCAGAGGGCCGACUGUUGAGCCGAGUUCCGGCAGAGGAAACGGUCGCCAGUACUUUUGGGACCGCCCCGCAAGGCUGAACCCUUUUCGCUCUCUCUAUGGGUAGAUCGAUUCACCCGUCGUCGCAGGUCACGGUGUACUCGAAGACGCAGCUCUGAGGACGCCGCCGACUGUAGAAUCCGAGUUCACCUCGCCGCGAAUUCCGCAGCACAUCCCGCGAAACAUUUCUCGUCGCCCCCGCGUAGCUCUCGGCAGCUCGCCGGGCGCGCCUCCUCAGGGGGGCCGCGGUGUGCUGUGGCCCAGGUUCGAUUGCCGGGCCGCUCCUGGCGGCCAGAAAGCCUGUGGAUCAUCCCAGGCAGGCACUUGUUGUCAUUACGUUCGAAGCUUUCGCACGCUUGGUCCUCCUCUAUGUAUUUCCGCGCGUGCUUCGGGGCCCUUCUCAGCAGCU